GACGUUCUCUCAGCCUGUUAUUUUAUAUCCGAGCCUCGUUUCUUUUCACUCCUUUUCUCAUCUUCUUUUGCCCUUUUCUAGCUAGCAAAUUACGACAGACGAUAGCAUAGAACAGAGCAUCAUCGCCCAACAUGUCGCAUUCUCACGAAGGUGUCUCGCAUUCCCACAGAGGCGUGUCGGCGCAAGAGCACGGCCACUCUCACGAGAUCCUCGAUGGUCCCGGCAGCUACAUAGGCCGUGAGAUGCCCAUCGUCGAGGGUCGCACCUGGUCAGAUCGCGCAUUCACAAUUGGAAUCGGCGGCCCCGUUGGCUCAGGCAAGACAGCCCUGAUGCUGGCGCUGUGUCUCGCCCUCCGAGAGAAAUACUCUCUCGCCGCCGUCACAAACGACAUCUUCACCAGAGAAGAUGCCGAAUUCCUCACUCGCCACGCUGCCCUUCCCCCGCAGCGCAUCCGUGCCAUUGAAACAGGUGGCUGCCCUCACGCCGCCGUCCGCGAGGAUAUCUCUGCCAAUCUUGCCGCCCUGGAGGAUCUCCACGCAGAAUUCGAUUCGGAUCUGUUGCUCAUCGAGUCGGGAGGCGACAACCUGGCUGCCAACUACAGCCGCGAGCUUGCGGACUUUAUCAUCUAUGUCAUUGACGUGAGUGGCGGCGACAAGGUGCCCAGAAAAGGAGGCCCUGGUAUCACACAGAGUGAUCUGCUGGUGGUGAACAAGACGGAUUUGGCGGAGGCUGUGGGUGCGGACCUGGGUGUUAUGGAGAGGGAUGCGAGAAAGAUGCGGGAGGGAGGACCUACGGUAUUCGCGCAGGUGAAGAAGGAUGUUGGUGUGGAUCACAUUGUAAAUCUCAUUUUGAGUGCGUGGAAGGCGAGCGGUGCGGAGGAGGAGAGGAGGAGUCGUGGAGGACCGAGGCCGACGGAGGGUAUCGAGGGGUUGAAGAAGGAGGCAUAGGAUACGUGAUGAUAUCAAGCAGCAACAAAGAAAUUGCCCAAUUUUGCUCACAGAUAUUACAGUCGUAGCUGUUCGUGAUUGUUGGUCUUGACCAUCACUGCCGGAAAUGUUCGUAUAUCACUUUAACAUUGUGCGCCUACGGGCAGCCGUUGCC